GAAGUGUCGGCGCAUGUCAGUUGCGACCUCCGUCCAACCACGUCUACGCCGACGAGAUGGCAGGAGGUGUGCGGAAAAAGUCUCCCGGUUCCCCGUCCCCGGUAUGGGGAAAACUUCACACGCUGUGGCAAGACAAACAUUUGGUCCUGUUCAAAACGGAAUACACGUUACUGGUCGUAUCGGUUUUGUGGUUCCUCGAGGUCGGGAUCAAUGUGUGGGUCAUACAGAAAGUAGCGUACACUGAGAUCGACUGGAAAGCCUACAUGGAUGAAGUGGAGGGAGUCAUCAAUGGUACCUACGACUACACGCAGCUUAAAGGAGACACAGGCCCUUUGGUGUACCCAGCUGGAUUUGUCUACAUCUUCACAGCUCUCUACUACAUUACCAGCCGAGGGGUUAACAUCCGCCUUGGCCAGUACAUAUUUGCUGUUUUCUACCUCAUUACACUGCUUCUUGUCUUCAGGAUAUAUUACCGCACUAAGAAGGUUCCUCCUUAUGUGUUUUUCUUUGUGUGCUGUGCAUCCUAUCGGAUCCACUCCAUCUUUGUGCUGCGACUUUUCAAUGAUCCAGUGGCCAUGAUGCUGCUGUUUGGAGCUAUGAAUCUUUUCAUGGAUGGAUACUGGACCAUGGGCUGCGGCCUUUACAGUUUAGCAGUGUCUGUGAAAAUGAACGUGCUUCUUUUUGCCCCUGGAUUGCUUUUUCUCCUCCUGUCUGAGUUUGGUCUCAUCAGGACAAUCCCGAAGCUUUCGCUGUGUGCAGGCAUACAGCUUUUUCUGGGCCUGCCUUUCCUCCUGGAGAAUCCCAUCGGUUAUGUGAGCCGCGCCUUUGAUCUUGGCCGCCAGUUUAUGUUCAAGUGGACAGUCAACUGGCGCUUCCUGCCAGAGUGGCUCUUCUUGAAUCGUUACUUCCACUUACUGUUGCUGUCUGCUCACCUGCUCACACUGCUUCUGUUUGCUUUCCGCCGCUGGAAGAGACCACGAGAAAGCAUCUUUGAGCUCCUCAAGGAACCAGGAAAGAGGAAAAUCCCUGCUCAGAAAAACACUGUGGAUCAGAUAGUGCUGGUUCUCUUCACCUCUAACUUCGUUGGGAUGUGCUUCAGUCGUUCAUUACAUUACCAGUUCUACGUCUGGUACUUCCACACGCUGCCUUACCUGCUCUGGAGUGGGGGAGUCAAGAAGCUGGCCCACCUGCUCAGGGUCCUGAUCCUAGGUCUGAUCGAGCUUUCAUGGAACACCUACCCCUCUACUAACAGCAGCUCAGCAGCCCUCCAUGUCUGUCACUUCAUCAUCCUCCUUUGUCUUUGGCUGGCUCCACCUCUGCCGUCAGCUCCGACAGAAACACGGCAACAGACGCCUAACAAGGACAAACGCCACUGAGCCACAGCAGAUCGGACCCAAAGUUGUAUUUGGCCCUGUCAGCUGCAGAUCAGCCUUCAUCAUCCUGCUCUCUUGGAGCUUCAGACCACUGGUACAAAGGGAGGUCACUGCGGUAGACUGUUUCAGUGAAUAUAAUGAGCCAUUCGACGCUUCUCAUCUCUGCUAACUGAUUAAUAAGAAGGAAGCUCACAGGUGCAUGCAGACAUAUACCUGCGUGAUGAGGUGGUGUGUAGUUGUCACAAGUCAUUGAAGAGAUAAGAAGAGGAUAAUAUGGAUUCUCAGGUUUCAUUUUCAGAUAUAUAAAGCAAGAAUGGAGCGCUAGGAGAGAGUUGCAAAUGCUGUGCUGUGUGGAAAGAAUUUGUUACAGGAACUAUUUUCUACUUAUGUUAAAACUACUCUCGUUCCAUAAUUGCUCCGGCCCUAAUCAUAAUUCUUUUAUAUUCUGAUAUUGUCAAAAUCUCAUUUACUGGUGCUCAAAUGAUCUUAUACAUUGAACUAAGAAAGCAUUGUAUUAAAGAAUGUGAAUAAUAUCCCAAAGAACUAAAACCAGAAGCUUAAAAUUAACUGAAUAUCAGACAUAUCCUUGAUAAGCAUAUCUUCUGUGACAUACAACAGAAUUCUCCAGUACGAGGCCAUUUUUUUUUAGUAGUUUUUCAAUAUUUUACCACAAAUGUGUAAAAGUAAGCUGUAGACAAUCGUGGUCACAUACCUGUCUGAUUUGAUAUGUAAUUAAUUCAACCUCUGGUUUGAGUGGAUACACUUGUUGGCACAUAAGUCGAUUUAAUGUGAAAAUCAUGCAGUAGACUGAAACAGCAAGUACUUUAUGUUAAAUAUAGAUGCCACUAAACUUUUA